CGAAUGCUCGAUUUCAAAUUCCAACUACAAUACAUUCAUUUGUGAUUGUGUGUUCAUACAAUAAUUCAAGUAGUUUCAAAUAUUAUACUGGCGUUGUGAGCAGGAGCCUGUGAUGGAGUUGUUGGAUGUACAUUCAGAUCUUGAUGCUUUUGAGGAUUACUUUGAAAGGUUCGAAAUGUGGGCUAUAACCGAGGAAGAUGUUGAGGAUGUUAAUAUUGUAGCACAUUUCCUCACAUUCAUCGGAAAAGAGGCAUAUAGCUUAUUAAAAUCUCUGGCUAUGCCGGAAAAGCCUAUCUCGCUUCCUUAUACAACUCUCAAGGAACUGCUGCUAGGCUAUGCUAAAUAUACAAAUUUCGAACGCAAUAAAGGAAGAUUUUGUAAAGUGAUUCAUCAGGAUAUAAAAAAUUCCACUACAUUACUACGUCAUCCCAACCCGGUGCAUACUGAAGGUUAUGCAGGUAAUUCAUUGAGUUUGGAUGCAGUUCACGAAAAUGGGCACACGUUUGGUCAGUGUUUGUCCUGUGGCAAGUUCCACUUUUAAUUCAUGUAAAUUUCAUUAUUCUAAGUGCUUUAAAUGUGGUGAUAUUGGACGUAUUCAGUCGGUCUGUAAUACUAAUGUUCAUCUUACUGCAACUAAUAUUAAGUCUUGUAAUUCUCAUUCUACUAAGUCGAGUAUUCAUAAUGAUCAUUUAUCUUUAUCAACGAUUUUAAAAGGUAGUGUAGAGUCAUAUAUCAGUUCGGAGUUAAAUGAAACUCAGAAUCCUUGUGAGACAACAGUUUCUAAUCAAUCAGUUUGUCAGAAUUCUCAUGUUAUUGUACCAGGUAUGGUUUUUCCUAAUGAUUCACAUAUUUCUGAUGAAAUUCCUUGCAAAUCUGAGGAAAAUAUGUUCAGUGAACAUAAUUAUGAUCGAAAACCUGACGUAGUUUUGAUGGAUGUUGACUUUUCUAAUGAUUCUUUGCUCUGCAAUGACAUUCUUACUAAAUUUUAAAAAGCUAUUUCAGAAGAAUCAAAUCUUGAUGUCAUAUCAAGUAUUAUUUGUCCUCAUAAUGCAUUUGCUCCUUGUGAAAAACUUGUUCAAUGCGAACUACGAGUAUUAAAUGAGCUCGAUUUUGAUUACAAUUAGGAUGAUUUCAUAUCAACUGCUGUUCAUCCUUAUCACAAAUUCACUUCCAAUGUAUACUUGAAUCAAUGUGAGAAAUAUGUUUUAAAUGAAGCCACAUUAUUCAUAACUUGGGGAUAUAAAGAUCCAACAUUAUUUCAUGCUGGAGGAUAGUGUUGAAAAAUUUAUGGUUCGAAUUCUAGAUAUUAAUGAUUUCAUUACAAAACCGACAUGCUGGUUGUAUACAAUUUCAGAUUCUGCUGCCAGGCUUUCCUCUUUUGAUCGGUGAUACACACUACUUAUAUCAGUCAACAUCAGUAGUACAGAACACAGUAUGUCUGCAGCUGCCUGUGAAUGGGAAUAUAAUACAUACACAUGUAGACAGUCAUCCAAUGAUUGAUCGAUUUUCUAAAAUGAAAUUCGACCAAUCAAAAUUGGAUUAUUGAUUUCACCUUCUGUAUUUUGAUUGGAUGAAUCGGUUGUCCUUGUUCCCUCUUUCAAGGGUAUUGAUCGAUAGGUAGAAGGAAUAUUUUUCCCUUGAAUAAAUAAUAAUGAAAAGUUAGUUUGACGAUUUAUUUAUUCAUUUUCACAAUUUGGAAACUUGUGGUUCAAUUAGAUGAAGAUUCUCAUCAGACAAAAGUAACAGUCCAGUCAAAAUACAAACCAUCUCAACUUUGAGCCAAUAACGUAAACUAGUUGAACAACUACGUCAAGAAGCAAAUUUAAAUCGUCGUCCUGUUUCUGAAUGUGUGCAAGAAAUGAUUGUGUAUAUGGAGCAGAAUCGAGAAAAAGAUUGUCUUGUUUCAGGAUUUGCGAGUAAGAAAGAUAAUCCAUUGCAAGAAAAAGGCGGAUGCGUGGUGAUUUAGGCAACUUGUUAAAUGGAUGAUAAAACAAACAAUUUAGACUCAAUGUUCAAUUAUCCUUAUGCUCCUUACUUCUCUGCGUAUUUAACGAACAUUUGUAUUUCCUGAAGAACAUGGGGAAACUAGUUCAAUCUUCAAUUAAAUUGACUUGGUUCUUAAACCUUGGUAUUUUAAUUGUAUUGCUUCAUUUCGUUUUUGUGUACAUGGACAAGCGCUCACAAGUAAAUUUAUUUAAUUAUGCUUUUAUAUGAAUAAUGUGGGUAUUCUCAUUUCGUCUAUCUAUUUCGUAAUAUCUUACUAUUUCUGUUGUUUCUAUCUCUGGAUGUAGACACUUUAAUCCAAAUAAAACCAAAUAACGAUGAACGUUUGAAAACAGACGAAUUAUUCGAAAGCCAACUUUUCGUUGAUUAUCUGUGUUCUUCUUACAGUGACGUUGAUAGACAACUUUACUUCAUUCAGCGAGGAACCCUUAGACGUUAGUCUAUUCACCAAUGUUGCGAAUCAUUCUAAUAGUGAUAUUAGUUUGCUGAGUAAUUGUUGACAGGGAUGUGUUCUACUGGUGACCUACCGUGGUUCUCAAAUUAACAUGAGAGUCCAGAGCUAAAUAUUAUUCACUGAGAAUGCAGGUGAUAUGAUAGCACUAUUCUUUAGACAACUCGAGAAAUGGUCGGAUUAGGAGUGAAGGUUAAGUUAUGAAGUUAGUAGCGAUAUUUAGGAAUCGAGUACGGAAUAAUACUUGGUAGCCAUGAUGAUAAAUACAUGUACAGUUUCUGCAUGAUUUCACAUACUAGAAACCUUUAAGUUGUCGUCACAAAUUCACCUACUAUAUUCCUGGUUUGUGAAAACCUUAAAUGUAUUUGUUUGUGUUCCCUUUUACAUCGCAGAUUAAUCACUUUCUCAUUGUUAUUUUAAGAAUCGUUCAAGUUAAUUAAUUAACUUAAAACGUCGUACUGACUAAGUAAUGGUAGGUUCUAGCUCUUUUUUACUUAGCUUUUCGUAUGAAAUAAGCUGUACAACAUUGCUGCUUGAGAUUUGCUCAGAACUCCAUGGCACUCCAACUUAAAUCUUGUCUGUUAGUCAGAACUGUAUAUUUUUCGCUUAACUGUUUUCUUAUAAUUCAAAAUUUCUCUAAACUGGUGCCUAUAACCCCUUAAUGUCAGUAGAUAUUUAGGAAAGCCAGGUUGAAUCUUACUGGGUUGAAUUAACACUUGAUUCAGGAUCAUGUGCACAUUUCAUAAAUGAAAUCCAAGUGACAUGAAAGUCUGGGCCAAUGUGAGUAUCGAAACGACUAGUUAUAACCACCUAACAUGAAAUAAGGUUUUAUGAUGAUCGACCGAAAUUUUCAGACUAUGAUAUGAUAAGAAUGAUGAAUGCACAUUUCUCUUCAUCAAUAAGCUUGACUGAAUCUACAGCAUGAAUGAGAAACAGUAAAAUCGGAUAGAUUAAACUUAUUUGAUAAUAUCGACAAAACAACAGUAGCAUUGUCAAUGUUAAAUUUGAAGAUACAACAGAUGGCUAGUCAUCAUUCACUGGGUUUCAUUUAUUUCAAGCUGCGAUUUUUCACUGGUGUUUUCUGUCUUGGUUUCAACAAACUAUUUGAGUGGUUCAUAGUUGAGUUUGUUGACGACUGUUGAAUUGUUAUCGACACAAUGCCAUCAUUGUACCAUCUUGAUGAUGCUUCAGAACGACCAUUUAUCAAAUGUGGUGUAGAUGUUGGGCAUUUUAAGAAUGAUGAACUAGAGAUGUUGACAGAUUUGGAUUGCGUUUUACCGCCACCCUAUAAUUUGUCAACAUUAUAGACAAGCAAUCAGUGAAAAUCUAUUUAUAAGAAACGUUCAUAGUUUAUGCUAGCAAAAACCUCGUCUUUGGCACUGAUAACUUUAAAUAUGAUUUGUUUUAUCUUAGAGGAAACUAAUUGCCACUUGACACUUAUUUAUUCUAGGCAAUUCCUCAGGACAGGGUGGAUAGGUCAGUGAAUCAGUCACGGUUGGCGUGUUGCGUGGAAGAAAGGUGGUUCGGCAUAGGUUGUUAUAUCUUAUCACUUUGGUAUAUCAACGAUGAAAUUAAAAAUAAUGAAUAACAAACGAAUCACAAUAAUAAUA